AAAGAAAUGCAUAUGUAGGGUCCGUACUCUGUAGAACACAAGCUCGAUCAUCACCUAGCAUCCAUCCAUCCUAUAUAUAUGUACAGAACGACUGAACGAGAUGACAAGACGCUAGUUGCUACAGCAGCCUUUUGUAAGCCUCGCAUAUAUCCACUAAUUUGCAUCCUCUUGCUGCUGCUGCUUCUUCGUCUGGCUCGUCAUCACACUCUUGUUCCUCAUUCUUGCCGUGUCCAGAGUCCAGACUAGGCUGUAAGCCUGUAACAAGAAGCUUGGUUACAUGGCAGCUGCGUGCCGAUCUCUGCAGCAAGAAGGAAAGGGGGAGCUGCAGCCGUACGAAGGCUGCGGUGAUCCUUUGGCGGCGUGCAGAGGAGGCCCGGCUGUGCUGCUGCCACGGCAGGCCAGCUCAGCGCCUCCGCCGGAGAUGUCGUCGUCGUCGGGGUCGGGGUCCGGGAGGAGCGCGACGGAGGCGAGGGCUCUGAAGAUCCACAGCGAGGCCGAGCGCCGGCGCCGGGAGAGGAUCAACGCUCAUCUGGCCGCCCUCAGGAGAAUGGUCCCUGACGCCAAGCAGAUGGACAAGGCCACCUUGUUAGCCAGAGUGGUGGACCAGGUGAAGGACCUGAAGAGGAGAGCAAGUGAGACCACGGCCACGCAGCCAACGCCGGCACAGACCGACGAGGUCUCCGUCGAAUGCUGCACCGGCAACGACGACGACAGCAGCCUGUACUACAUGAAGGCCUCGGUCAGCUGCGACGACCGGCCGGGCCUCGUUGCCGGGCUCAUCGGGGCGCUCCAUGGCCUGAGGCUGAGGCCGGUGAGAGCAGAGGUGACCUCUCUGGGAGGAAGGGUGCAGCAUGUCUUCACGCUCUGCAACGAGGAAGGCAGUGCAGAUUUUGCUGGGCUCAGGUCUCUGAAGGAGGCUGUGAGGCAGGCUCUGGCCAGGGUUGCUUCUCCAGAGCUGCUGUGUGGCAGCAACGGCAGUAAUGGCAAUGCCAAUCCAUUUCAGAGCAAGAGGCAGAGGAUUCUGGAGUCCCAUUACUCAGUCAUGUCCAUAUGACCAUAUAGAUGAUUACUACUCCUGUCUGAAUUGGUAAUCUUAACAAUCAAAUCGGUCACGAAGCAUCUUAUUUCCGGUUCUUGAUGGAAUUAAAGUAGAACUGUUUCUUCCCCGUGAAAUUCAUGCGUUUUGGAUAGGGAACAGCCGAAAGGCCUGUGCCUGUCGUUUUGUGCAUCUGGAUUUAGAUUGCUAGAUGCUGUGUGCCAGAUUUGAGGUGUGAACUGUUGUUAGUGCUGUGCUAAGAUGCAGUCCACAAUAUCAUGCUGGGCGUGCAGGUGCUGUAGUGUGUAAGACUGUUCCAAUGCAGACAAUAUUCCUGUGCAGAGUCACAUGAUUGGUUUGACAUUUCAGCGGCUGCGUGAACAGAGUUUUGAUAUGUAACGCCUCUUCAUUGGUGGUGGUUAUCAGAUUAGGACUACAGGAUAUGAUUAUGAACCA